UUUCAAGUUCUGUUAGUACAUGUGCAUCAUGUAAAUGUGUAGCAAUUGAUAUGUUUCCUUCGUUUUAAGUAGUUGAUACAGUUUUCUCUAAUUAGGAGUAAAUUUAUGGCUCUUGAAGAAAAUGAAGAAGAUUUCCCAGGCCGUUUAUUGCAUCAAGCUGCAUUAUGGGGAAAUGCAGAGCUUUUGGAAGAUCUGUUGCAUGGUGAAAUGAUUGAAUUUUUAAACGCAAAGGAUUCGCAGGGUCGAACUGCUCUUCACGCUGCUGCCACCAAUGAAAACGCAACUUGCUGUAGAAUACUUCUUCAAGCAGGAGCCGAUCCAAACAUAGCUUGUGGUGCAAAGGAACAAUACAAGACGGCGCUGCACAUUGCGGCUGAAAGUGGACACUUGGACAUCGCUCGAGUGUUGCUGGACCACGAGGCUGACUUGCUGGCCAAGGAUAGCUCUGGUUUGACGGCCAUGGAUCUGGCUGAGAAGGCUGACCAACCUCAUGUCAUGGAGCUGCUCAAGGAAGCUGCUGGUAAGUGA